ACUUCAUGUCCGACAUAGUGCUGCCCAUUUACCCCGCAAGAGACACGUCGACAGCAACGCCAGCAACAAUGCCGGCAACAACGACAACAGCAAUGCCACCAGCACCUACACGACCGACGUCGACAUGUGAACACGGCCAACACAUGGCAGACAGCAAGAGCUGCUCGCGCUUCUUCGUCUGUGUCCACGGGCGCACGGUGUCGGUGCAGUGUCCCGGACCACUGCUAUUCAACGACCGCACCGGUGUGUGCGACUGGCCGAGGAACGUGCGCUGUGCAAACGGCAGACCCAAUGCGGCAGAAGCGGGCGUCGGCGUCGCCAUGGACCACUGGGGCGACGUCAAGUGCGUCGCUAGCGAGGGCUUCUACGCAAGCCCCAGGGACUGCGCCGAGUUCUUCCGGUGCCACCGCGGCAAUGCGCAUCGCUUCGCGUGCGCACGUGGUUUGGUGUUCAACGAGGCGUACAAGACGUGCGACUGGCCCUGGAACGUCAAGCGCCACGGCACCGGACGCCGCGUAUGGCGCGUGUGCAGGUUCAGAAAGCAUUCUCAGUUUUGACAC